AUAGCCUAUGCUUUCGAUUCACCAUGAACUGCAACUUUCGUUUUGUCUUGACAGUUGAGAGUGGGAGUAUUAAGCACGGUUUGUUCAACUGCUUAUUCUGGAUUUUUUUCUUUACUUGAUGUACUUUAUUGCGUUUCUGAAUUCUUUGAUCAGGAGUUUGUUACGAUUUGCACGUACUUGCGUUGCUUUGUUUUGGCGUGUUAUUAAUCACCGCCGUUUGCGAUAUAUUCGGCAAAUUAACAUGGAGUCAGAUGAGUGCGAGUUUGACUCCACAUGGGAGGAAGAAUGUGAGAAUAAAGCACCCAGAAAGAAGAACUACAAAAUGAAGAGAAGGGACAUACGUGCUGCUAAGGACAUGCAAAGCUUUCGGCAUAGUUGUCGGAACUUAGAUGAUGAAGAUAAUGACAAUGAAGACGAACCAGGUCAAGGCCACUUCUAUAACCUGGAGUUUUACCAUGGUAAAAUAGAAUAUUCACCUAAUGGUGUUCGCAUUGAUGAAUUUCACCAAAUGCGUAAGGGUCAAUAUCACUGGCUGGAAGACUGUCACUCCUACAUUCAAUGGUUGUUUCCAAUACAAGAACGAGGGGUUAAUUGGGAUGCACAUGUGCUCACAAAAAAGGAAAUAAAGCUUUUUCGUAAAGAUGAAGAAGCAAAGAGGAAAUUGGUGGAAUCCUAUAAGCUCAUGUUGGAUUUCUAUGGUAUAUGCUUGGUCAACGAAACAACAGGAGAGGUGGACUAUGCUCCAGACUUUGAGGAUCGUUUUAAGAACCUGAACAGAUAUUCACACAAUAACCUGCGCAUCACACGCAUACUGAAGUGUUUGGGGACUCUAGGAUUGCAGCACUACCAGGCCCCACUUUGUAAGUUCUUCCUUCGUGUAACUCUUGAGGAGGAACAACUUCCGCAUGUGAAACAAAGUGUUCUUGAUUACUUUAUGUUUGCUGUAUUGGACAAAGUAGAGAGGCGAGAGCUGAUUAAAUAUGCCUUUAAGCAUUUCAAGCCCCAAGAACAGUUUGUCUGGGGUCCCAAGAGGUUUCUGUCUGGUGAAGUAGAUAGCAAAAUUGAAGAAAAUAAAGACAAAAACACGGCAGAACAUGAGGAGCAAAGGGAAACCGAUAAGAAUGAGAUAACAAACAAAAUAGAUGACAAUAAUCAUGACAGAAGUAAUGAAGAUGAAAUAAACGGGGAAAAAUAUCAGCAGGCAAUGGAAGUGCAGCUAGACGAAACAGUUUCAGGCCAAAAUAAUGAAGAUGAACAUGAUUCAGAUGAUAACAUUCAAUGCAACUCUGGAGACAAUGAUGCAAAGAAAAAUCAAGAGUUGAAUGUUAGUGAUGCCGAGAAGUCAGAAGAGGUGCAUGAGUGAAAAAUGAAACAUUUUGACAAAGUUAGCAAGCCCUUUAUUUUAGUCAUGAGUUUGCGUGUUUGUUCCCCAAAACUGAAAUACAGAAAAUAUAUUGCAACUUCCUUUAUGAUUCAAGUUAAAGACUUCAUAAAGAAAUUAUUUUGAUUUAGCAGAUUAUUUUGAUAUAGCAUCUUAAAAGUACAUUUGCCUGCCUUGUAAAUGUAAUGUUGUUUUUGUUGCUAUGUUUGUUUUUUCUUUUGUUUAUUAUGGAUUGUACUGAAAGUUUGACAAUUCUCUUCAUGGAUGAACUGACAAUUUUGGCUAGAGCCUGACUUCUUCACAAGUAAUCAAUUAAAGAAACUUGUGAUGAUGAAGCAAAGGUUGCUCUUUGAAAAUGAUCACCAGUAUAUGUGCGUUCUCUGAUUUGAUCUACUCUUUUGAUUUGAUUUUUUUUAAAUAUAUAUAUAUAUAUUUGUAUUAUUAUUAUUAUUAUUGUGAUUAUGGGGAAAUGUUGGAUUUGUUAUGCCUUAUGCUGUAUAAGUGUGAAGAUUUUGAAAGUUUAAUUACACGAUUUAGCUGAUUAAUGACAUGAUUAAAAAAAAUACAAUAAAAUGUAAUUUGUAUGCCGUGUAUAAAUGCAAUACUAUAAUGUCUUAUUCUGUUGAGGAAUGUAAAAAAUGCUGUUAUUAGGGUUUCUACUGCUGAAGCAAAUUAAUGUCUUCCCAAUGAUUAAUGAUGCAAAUACUAUGCUAAAAUAGAGCUGUUGUAAACCACACGUGAUCAUAUUGCCAAACAGAGUAUAUGUUAUGGAUAUUAAUAUUAAAGACCAGAAAUAAUUUCUGUUUCAUUAUCA